AUGCCCUCCGCCACAGCCGAGAAGACCUACGACAAUCUGGCCAACGCCUUCACCAGGAACAACCCAAAAAGCAAAACCAUCUACAAUGCGGCCACCAACUCUCUACCGGGAGGCAACACCCGCAGCGUCCUCUACUACCACCCCUUCCCCCUCUCCAUGUCCCGCGCCUCCGGCUCCCAACUCUUUUCCGUAGACGGACACGCCUACAUCGAUCUCCUAGGAGAAUACACAGCCGGACUCUACGGGCACUCUGAGCCGUUAAUCCUAGCUGCCAUCACUGAAGCCGCGAAACGCGGGUUAAAUUACGGGAGCCAGCAUGAAGACGAAGUCCGUCUCGCUGAACUGGUGAAACAGCGAUUCCCGAGUAUGGAUCUUAUGAGGUUUACGAAUUCGGGGACGGAAGCGACGUUAAUGGCGUUGGCGGCUGCGAAGGCUUUUACGGGGAGGAAGAAGAUUGUUGUGUUUGAUGGGGGGUAUCAUGGUGGUGCGUUUACGUUUAAGGAUGGGAAGAGUGCUGCGGUGAAUGCGCCGCAUGAGUGGUUGAUUGCUAGAUAUAAUGAUUUGACUUCUGUGCGUGCGCUUCUUGACAGCGAAGAGAAUGCUGGAAAGGUUGCUGCUAUACUCGUUGAGCCGAUGCUCGGGUCUGGAGGUGCCAUUCCGCCUACUGCCGGUUUUCUUGAAGGGCUGCGGGAGGCUGCGACGGCAGCUGGGGCGGUGUUGAUAUUCGACGAAGUGAUGACGAGUCGAAUGCAUUCUGGCGGUGGCAUACAGUCUCAAAUGCCAGCUGAUCUCUGUCCGGACAUGACGACUCUGGGAAAGUAUAUCGGCGGCGGAAUGUCGUUCGGUGCCUUUGGUGGCAAGCAAGCAAUCAUGGAACUGUUUGAUCCUCGCAAGCCGAAUGCUUUGCAACACGCGGGCACCUUCAACAACAACGUCCUAACAAUGUCCGCCGGCCGCGUCGGCCUCGAGCAAGUCUUCAUGCCCGAACGAGCAAGCCAACUCCACGCCAGAGGCGACAAGCUCCGCAAAGCUCUCCAAGACGCCAGUCGCGGCACGCUGAUGAAGAUAACCGGCUAUGGCUCCAUCAUGUGCUUCCACUUCACCGAGUCGACCGUCGAAGAUGUUCGCUCGCCCCAGGACUUGAAAGAUGACGAUAAGACGCUGAGCAGCAUCUUCCACCUCUUCAUGCUAGAGCGAGGAUAUUAUAUCGCGAGACGUGGGUUCCUGGCGCUCAGUCUUGCGUUAACUGAGGAGCAGCUUGAUGGUUUCGUCGAGGUCGUGCGGGAGUUCUUGCGUGUCCACGAGAACUUGGUGAAGUCGCAGAGCUCCAGAGCGAGGUUAUAG